AUGGACACGGAGGACCAUCUCUGCUUUCCACAGCAGCCCAACAUCUCCUGCCAGAGGCCCUCAUUUAAUUGGUCUGAAGCUUUUCUUUUCAGAGUCGUGCUGCCGCUGGAAAGCAUCCUCACCAUGCUGCUCAACUUGCUCGUCAUCAUUUCAAUCUCCCACUUCAGGCAACUCCACACCCCCACAAACCUCAUCCUCUGCUCCCUCGCCGUCUCCGACUUUCUGGUGGGCUUGGUGGCGAUGCCAGGUGAAAGCUAUGUCAACACAUCCUGCUGGUUUCUUGGUGACAAUUUGUGUUGUCUAUGGAAUUACAUGCUUUUUAUUUCCGCGUCCGCCUCUGUGGGAAACAUGGUGCUGAUAUCAGUUGACCGUUACGUGGCUAUUUGUGACCCGCUGCGCUAUACCGUCAAAGUUACCAUGAAAAGAACUCGACUUUGUGUUGGUCUCUGUUGGUUCUUUGCAUGUAUCCACUGUGGCAUCAUGUUUAAGGACUACUUGGCUCAUCCUGGAAAGUUUAACUCCUGCCGUGGAGAGUGCGUCUUGGGUUUUGAGUCUUAUGGAGGCAUUCUGGACAUGGUCAUGAGCCUCAUCCUUCCUCUUAUCAUUAUCAUCACGCUCUACAUAAGAGUGUAUGUGGCUGCGAUGUCUCAAGCGCGUGCCAUGCGCACUCAUCUCGCAUGCAGCAAAGUAAAACAGCCCGUAAGAGUAAAAAAAUCUGAGCUGAAGGCGGCCAGGAAUCUCGGUGUUCUGGUUCUGGUCUUUUUGUUGUGUUUUUGUCCGUAUUACAUUGUCGGUUUGAUGGCCGAUGAUGGGACUCUGGCUUCACUGGUCCAAUCUCUUCUUUAUUUGUAUGACUUCAAUUCGUGUUUGAAUCCCUUUAUCUACGCCUUGUUCUACCCGUGGUUUCAAAGAGCCAUCAAGCACAUUGUCACUCUGCGCAUACUGAAGCCUGGUUCCCGUGAGACCCACAUACUGUAG